AUGGAAGAAUCAUUUUGGUCAUCAUUUGAAACAAUUGUAUCAAAUUUAUUAUCACCUCAUUGUUAUGAUCAAUUAGUAUUAAAACAACAUUUUUUUGAUUUUACUUGCAAUAAAAUGUUAUUAAGUAAAAUGCUUGGUUAUGCUAUAUUAAUUGGUUCAUUACUUGUUAAAUUUCCUCAAAUAGUUAAAAUAUAUUGGAAUAAAUCAGGUGUUGGUGUUAGUGUUUUAGCUGAAACAAUUAUGUUAGCAGCUAUAUUUGGAUCAAUGGCUUAUGGUUAUACAUCAGAAUUUCCAAUAUCAGCUUAUGGAGAUUCUUAUUUUUUAUUUAUUCAAACAAUAUUGGUUAUUUUAUUGGUACUUUAUUAUAAACGAAAAUAUACAAUCGCUAUUGUUUAUUUAGUUUUAUGUGGAUUUGUGACCAUUUUAAUGUAUCAAAAAAUACUUCCGGCACAAUUUGUUGGUCUAUUAGCUGGUUUAUCUCUUGCAUUAAGUUUAAUAAGUCGUCUUUGGCAAUCCUAUUGCAUAUAUAAUGCAAAAUCAACUGGAAAUCUUUCUGCUAUAACAAUGUUAAUGUUAUUUUUUGGUUCACUAGCACGAAUAUUUACAUCAAUUGAAGAAACAGGAGAUCCAACACUUAUAUGGACAUAUAUAUUAAAUUCAUUUGCCAAUUUUUUAUUAAUAUUUCAAUUAGGAUAUUAUUGGUCAGCUCCUAAUCCUGAUUUAGAACAAACAAAAAAAACUCAAUGA